GUGGUGGUAGCACACCCACAUCGAUUAUACAAAAAAAUUUGAAUGCAUCACCCUAUCUUGGAGACUUGGUGGAAGACAAAAAAAAAACUCUCUCCCCUCUCUCUCUACGGCGGCGCGUGUCGAACACGAUGGACUUCAUCUCCUCCAAUCUCCACUACUGGUUAGUCGACCACCCAACAAUAACCCACUUCGAGUGGUCCCCAGGCAACACUUGGGGCUCCUCCCCAACCUUCCUAGCCCUCACCAUCCUCACCUAUCUCUCUCUAACUCUCUCUCUAUACCACCUCCACCUCCCUCCUCUCCCACCCACACUCCUCCGCCUCAUCUCCGCCGCCCACAACCUCCUCAUCCUCCUCCUUUCCCUCAUCAUGGCCGUCGGCGGCUCCCUCUCCACCCUCUCCCAAAUGCCUCACCACCGUUGGAUCUUCUGCUUCCCCCGCAACCAAACACCCCCCAGUGGGCCCAUCUUCUUCUGGGCCUACGUCUUCUACCUCUCCAAAAUCGUCGAAUUCGUCGACACCCUCCUGAUCAUCCUGGGUGGGAGCAUCAGACGGCUCUCCUUCCUCCACGUGUACCACCACGCGGUGGUGGUGGUGAUGUGUUAUUUUUGGCUGUCUACUUCGCAGUCCCUGUUCCCCGUGGCGCUCGUUACCAAUGCCUCGGUUCACACGCUAAUGUACGCCUACUAUCUAUUGUGCGCCAUGGGGAGGCGUCCGUGGUGGAAGAGGUUGGUGACAGACUGUCAGAUUGGGCAGUUCGUGUUUAGCUUUGCGGUGUCGGGUUUGAUGCUGUACUACCAUUUCACCGGAUUAGGGUGCUCCGGGAUGUGGGGUUGGUGCUUCAAUGCGGCUUUCAACGCUUCGCUUUUGGCGCUUUUCAUUGACUUUCAUACUAAGAACUAUGCUAGGAGGAAGAGGAGGAAGGAUGAUCAUGACGAUGAGGAUAAACGGUCUUGAUUUGAUGAUUUUUAUUUUUUAGUCUUAAUCCGAGGGUGGAGAUUGAAUAUUCUGAUUGGAGUGGCAACAACUUAAGAAGAUGAUGUAAUUUGUAGCAUUGUUGGUUGGACUCGUUUGGGAUUUUGUAUCCUUUUGUCUCUCUCCUUUUUUUUUUUUCAAAAAAUAAGGGCAUACGCCCACUUUGCACCUUUUAAUUUUGGGAGAUUAAUUAUUGGACGAUGAUGUUGUUUUUAAGGGCACAAAUAGUGUGAAAAUAACGCAUACACCCAAUUUGACUUUUUAUUUUCUUGUUUA